AUGACGUACACCAGGAAGCAGGUCGUGACUUGCAUCAGCGUGCUAUAUCUCGUCAUCGCAACCGCGCUCGCAGGGUGGGCUGCCUCCCGCGCGAACGCUCGUUCAGUGCCCAUCUCCGACACAUUGACCGGCUUCACUACGGCUCUACCCAUCGUCUCAGGCCUCCUGCUCGAGUGCGGCUAUGACUUCACGCGUCGGCAAGAGCGUCGCAAGCAUCUGGGCCGCGGCGAGAUCCAGCGCCCGCCACUCGUAAUCAUCGCGAACACGCGUGGCUACACCUCAUCCGACCAUUGGAUUUUUGUGGCCGACCAUAGACUAUACCUAACUAGGUAG